UUUUAAAUAUUUUACAUAGAUAUAUCUGCAUUUGAGCAAAGAGUUAUUCAAACGCACCCUCCUUUUUUUCUUCUUCAGCGCCUUAUCUCCUCUCCAACCCAUCUUCAAAUGACAAUUUCCAUUUCCACCAAAGAGGAAACACCUCUAAUCUCAUGGCACAAACUCCCCCUCAUCAAACACGACGUCGUUUCACCCAACUCCCACUCCCCUCUCCGCCAAAACCCCACACUCACCUUCUCCGCCGCCGCGUCCACCAAAUUCGCCUCUGUCUCCGUCGCGGAAGCCAAACUGCAUAACCAUUUCGCGCCAACGCCUUCUCAGCUCCUCAAGCACCCCCUUGCCGCCUUGGCGUUUAUUCCCCGAGAUGCCGCUCUCUUCUCCGCCGGAGCCUUCGCUGGCGCCGCUGCUAAAACGUUCACUGCUCCGCUCGACCGUAUCAAGCUCCUCAUGCAGACUCAUGGUGUGCGGGUUGGGCAAGACAGUGCUAAGAUAGCAAUAGGUUUCUUUCAGGCCAUAGCAGUUAUAGGGAAGGAAGAAGGGAUUAGAGGUUACUGGAAGGGAAAUCUCCCUCAGGUGAUUCGGGUUAUACCGUAUAGCGCUGUCCAGCUUUUUGCUUAUGAAACUUAUAAGAAAUUGUUCAAGGGACAGAAUGGUGAGCUCUCUGUUGUGGCAAGACUUACAGCUGGUGCUUUUGCCGGCAUGACAGCCACUUUUAUAACUUACCCAUUAGAUGUUCUGAGAUUACGAUUAGCUGUUGAGCCUGGUUAUCGAACCAUGUCAGAGGUUGCCUUGUGCAUGCUAAGGGAUGAAGGAUUUGCAUCUUUCUACAAAGGCCUUGGGCCUUCUCUUAUUGCCAUAGCUCCUUAUAUUGCAGUGAAUUUUUGUGUUUUUGACUUAUUAAAGAAGUCGUUGCCUGAGAAAUAUCAAAAGAGAACCGAAGCAUCUAUACUCACUGCUGUGCUUUCGGCAUCUCUGGCCACACUUACAUGCUAUCCUUUGGACACUGUACGAAGACAAAUGCAAUUGAGGGAUACACCUUAUAUGACAAUAUUAGAUGCUUUUUCAGGAAUUGUGGCACGAGAUGGAAUUGCUGGUUUGUAUAGGGGAUUUGUGCCUAAUGCUCUGAAAACCCUACCAAACAGCAGCAUCAAGCUUACCUCAUAUGACAUUGUCAAGCGCAUAAUUGCAGCUAGUGAGAAAGAAUUUCAAAAAAUCACUGAGGAAAAUCGCAACAAACAAAACAACAACAUCAACAAUCAAUGAAACAGAACUUUGAAUUCAUCUUAUUUUAGCCAUUUUGCUCCUGAAUAUAUAUAUAUAUAUAUAUAUAUAUAUAUAUAUA